AUGGGUAACAACUACAGUAUUUGCGUGGGCGCCGUGGGAUUCGGCGGCGGUGUUUGGCACAGCCCAGACGGGGGGGAUAACUGGAACCGGAUCAGAGACCCGUUCCCACUGGGAAGCCAGGUGAGGGCGUUGGCAGCGUACCCCGACGACCCCAGCCGGAUACUGGCUGGAUCUGAUAACGGCAUCUAUCGCAGUGAAGAUAAAGGCGCGACGUGGGAGAAGCUGUGGUCGCCCAUGGAGGGUGUUCCCAUCUGGUCGAUAGCCAUCGACCCACAGGAUACACAAACGAUUUUUGUGGGCAUAAAACCGGCGGCUCUUUACCGCUCCCGGGAUGAUGGCCAAAGUUGGACCCGGUUGUCCGUACAGAUGGCCCAGGAAUGCCACAUAGGGCCUCCCAUGGUUACCAUGCUGAUGGUCGACCCCAAGGAUCACCGCACGGUUUGGGCCGGCGUUGAGGUCGACGGUGUGUACCGCAGCCUGGACGGCGGUGACACCUGGACCCACGUGGAAGGUGGCGUGCACCCUGAUAUCCACGGCAUGGCCAUCAGCCCCGGGGAGCCAAACAAGGUCUUUGCCAGCACUCCACGAGAGAUUUUCUCCACCACAGACAUGGGUGAAAGCUGGGAGUCGGUGGUUACAACCGACCGUUUUGUCCUGCCCUACAGCCGAGGCAUCGCCAUCAAGCCGGACGACCCCAACGUAAUUUUCGCGGCGGUAGGCGACACCGCCAUCGGCAGCACCGGAGCGAUCCAGCGUUCCAAGGAUGCCGGCAAAACCUGGGAGACGCGCCGCUUCCAGUGGAACCCAAUUCCAACAUCUGCACUGCUACUGGAUAUCGAUCCAAUCGGCCUGGUGCGUGGCAAACCCGGUGGGCCUAACACCGGGGCCUGGCUCGAGCAAUACGUGAACGACCGGCCCUAUGUGGCGUCAUCACACCUGAGCGUGGCAAUCGCUACUGUGUUCCGGAGCGCGCUGGCAGGAACCAGCAAGGAUCGCCCGACCCUGGCAGACCAGGCCAUCCCGCUCGAGGCGAGGAUUGAAGUGGCACCUUCCCGCGAAGGUGCGGACCUCAUCCGGAGUUUGUUCCAGCCUCUGGGCUAUAGCGUUGAGGUUCAGGGUCAUGAACUGGACGACCGGUUCCCAGAAUGGGGAGCCAGCCCGUAUUUCAGCGUGGAACUCGCCUCGGAAGUACGGCUCCGGGAUCUUCUGGCGCACCUCUACGUGCUGCUGCCCGUGCUGGACGACGACAAGCACUACUGGGUUGGCGACGACGAGGUGGACAAGCUGCUGCGCUAUGGUGAGGGGUGGCUGAACAACCAUCCACAACGGGACCUGAUCUCCCGCCGCUACCUGAAGCACCAGCGUGACCUUUGGCGUCAGGCGCUGGCACAACUGCUUGACGCGGGUCAGGCCGACCCGAGCGUAACCACCGUGCGAUACGGCCAGGAAGAGGAGCAACUGGAAGCCCCGAUCAAGUUGGGUGAACAACGCAUCCAGGCCGUGCUGGACACUCUGCGCUCGCUGGGCUCAACUCGUGUGGUCGAUCUGGGUUGUGGCGAAGGGAGACUGAUCAGUGAGCUGCUCAAGGAGCCGGCAAUUCGUUCCAUCACGGGUGUCGACGUCUCUCACCGGGCGUUGCAAACGGCCCGUGCGCGUCUACAUCUGGAUACCAUGCCCAACCAGCAGCGGGAACGCAUCAACCUACUGCACGGUUCCCUUACCUACCGGGAUAAACGACUUUCCGGUUUUGACGCUGCCAUCGCCAUGGAGGUGAUCGAGCACAUCGACCCGCUGCGACUCGAUGCGUUCGAAGAGGUGGUGUUCGGCUCGGCGAAACCCGGCGCGGUGCUCAUCACCACGCCCAACGCUGAAUACAACGCACUGUUCAAGGGGUUGCCCGCUGGAGAAUUCCGGCACCGGGAUCACCGAUUCGAGUGGACGCGGGAGCAAUUCCAGGCAUGGUCUCGCGGCGUCGCCAACCGCCGUAGUUAUGAAGUGCGUUUCGACAACAUCGGGCCGGAGCAUGACACUCUCGGCUCACCGACGCAGCUGGGAGUUUUUACUCGAUGA